UGGGAACCCGGAAGAGCUGAGCUAACCCUGGGUGACAGUGAGGGCAGAGCUCCAGCUCCCCCUCCCUGGUUGGUUGUGUCAUGAGUUUGCUGUACUUCUUAAAACCACAACGUCUGCAGUAUGUGGCAGCCCUGGCUCAGCCCCUGGCUUCCUGCCUGAACUCUGGGAUAAACAGGACCCCCUGCCCCCAAAUCCCCCCCAAAACAGGUCUCAGGCAGAGCAGCUCCCCCCCAGUCACCAUGGAUGACCUGCUCAGUAAGUCUGUGCCCCCUCUGGCUCCCUAUGAGACCAAGGAGAAAUACCCUCCACCCUCUGAGAGACAGAGCCUCCACUUCAUGCAGUAUUACAGGGCCCUAGAGAAAGAGGAGAGGGCAACCUUCCUGGGCAAGCUGGCUACUGAAUUUGGGGUGGACCAUGCCCAGGUAGCAGAACUCAGCAGUAAAGUGGUACAGGCCCAGCAGAAGAGGGACAUGGGCACUGUGCUUCAGGUGGAGGACAGGCUGAGAUACUACCUCACCCCUCAGUACAAAGUGCUCUUCUGGCAUAUCAGUAAACUAGAAGGUGGUAUGAAAUUUUUGGUGGACCUGAGAGCUGACCUUGUAGAAAGUCUUUCAUCAAAAAUGGCAGAUGGUCCUCAUAUUAGGGUAAGAUCUAUCAUAAUGUUCUUCUAUUGUAUUUCUGUUUAUUUGCUGUGUGCAAUAAAGCUUCUUAGUCUCAUCUGGAUUUCAUUUGAUAACACUAUUUUUAAUUUAAAAGUUGUUGAAAAACUACCAUAGGUUCAAACAGCCCACAAGUUGGGGAAGGACGUAAAAUGAAGAAUCUAGCAAUUUCUGAUUUUUUUUGGAAGAAAUUAAUUUUUUCUCUCUCCACAGUGAACUGUUUAGAGAAUAAACCCCAAUAUCUUAUUUGCUGUAAAGUCAGUUCCUCAUGUAAUCAUCUGUGUGUAAAUAUUAGCCAGUACCCACCUCGCUCUGCUUUCCUCAAAAAUUAGCAAGAAUGCCUUCUGAAAGAACUAGACCAACCAUCACAUACAGUGGCUUAAAAAAAAACCAAACACAUUGCCACUGGUGAGGACACAGUUAAGGAUCACACGCUCAAAAAUAAAAAUAAAAAAAGUGCUUGGACCUCUUUACUAUUUUUACUGAGCCCUCAUACAGAACCCCUAGACACAUUAUUCAAUGAACUGAAAAUUGUGAAGAAUCGAUAAGCAAACUUCAAGUUUUUGGACAAAAUAGUUCAGCUGGAAAAUUCUCCAACGUCUCUUAUUUUGUAGCUUACCUGUUUGGGUCUAAAAUGUGCAAUUCUCCUGUCUUUUCUUUACGAUUUCUGGUCUAAUAAACUCCAUAAAAUAUGGUAAUAUUGGCAAUAUUAUUACUAUCACAUAACCUUUCUAAAUACUUUAAUCUAAACGAACAAAGUAAAAUUAACUCGAAAUAAUGCUAGGCUACUAACAUUUGUCAAAUAUCGGUCUUUUUAUCGCCUUGUAUAUGUUGUAGUGUUAUUCUUUAUAUUGGUGUAAAUUUAAAGAAUUAAGGAUCUAAAACAUACCAAAAUAUUACAAUCUAAUAUAAAAUAAUUACAUUGUUUAAACAUGGUUACCAGAUAGUGACAGUAAUUUGCCCGAGAUGAUAAACCACCAAUAGGUUAUGUAAAUUAGGUUUAUUUUGUGUGUGAUGACAGGUAGGUAUUUUUCUGUCACUUCCAGCUAGAAGGGAGACCUAAGCGGGCAUUGAACAUUUUGCCUUGCACCUCCCAGAAACCUCCAUCACUAAUUCUAGAAGAUAACACAGAUGUCUGUAUAGAUAUUUGAGGGUUUAUGGGAUGUACUUUUCCCUGUUAGCUUUCAUGGUCUUUCAUUCUCUUGUGUAAAUAUUUCAGUACCGUUUUUCCAUCCAGACCUGCACCAGUUGGUUCUGUUCGUGCGUGGUCAACUUUGUAUAUUUGUGCCGUAAACAUUUGCACAGGAAUAGUUUAUGGAAUAUGCAUAAAGUAUCCAAAAAAAGUUCUUGAAGGACCAGGGAUGGCUGAAUGAGUUCGGUCCUUAAAUGGUACUGCAGGUGGUCUAAAUACAACCAUUGACUUGUCGUUCAGUAUAUUUGUGUGUAAGGCCACAGGUACUGGUGGAUUCUCCUUGUAUACGCUGUGUGUUUGACUGUGAUUUCCCAUUGUCUAUCUACAUGUAGUAUAUUCUACUUCCUAACAUUGUUUGUAUGGAAGAGAGAUCCCAGUUAUUUUCUAUUAAAGGGACACUGUAGUCACUAUAAGCAUUUCAUCUCUUUGAAUUGGUUAUAGUGCCUGGAGUACCCUGGCACUGUCCCUCCAUUCAGUGUUGCACCAUGUUCAUGCAGAAUGCCACAAAAUAAGAGUCCCUGGCCACCCACAGUCCGGCCCCUUCAGUAUGUGUAGCUAAAGCAGAGAUUACACACUUCCUUGUUGUCAUAUCCACUCAUACCGUCAGUUGGAACUCUGACAGGCUAAAAGCAGUCAGCUGACACUCUCAGCCAAUCACAGCUGCCCAUUUCUGCUCAGGCUAAUACUUCCUUAUUAGCCAAAGCAGCACAGAGGGGAUGGAUUGCCGGGGACUCUUGUUUAGCAUUAAAACAUUAAAACUUUAAAAACUGUUUAAUGCUGAUAGAAAUGAUGGGACCAGAAGACUCCAGACACUAUAACCAGUUUAAUGAGAUGAAGCAGAUACAGUGCCUACGGUGUCCCUUUAACUUGUAUGAGUACGUUUACAUUCUUUCUCCAUACUGACAUUGUUGUAAUGAUCUGUUUGCUUUGACGUAGCUCCCUGUAUCUUUGCUGUACAUCACUGCACAGCUCUGCCAGUACAAGGUAUAGGAGGGACGAGAUUGGCUCUGACACCUUAGCCAUUCCUUGCUUUCUGUAGACCGAUUCAUUUAUUGCAUUGUUUAUGUAUCAUCUAUAAACCCAGGUGAUAAAUUAAAAUGGGUGAUUAAUCUACUCCACGUUGUUUUGUUUUUAUUAUUUAAUCAUUCAAGACCCUACAACCUAUCCUUCUGACCAUAUUCUUGUUGUUUUUUUUUUUUUUUGUAACCAGAAAAACCCCAUAGGAAAGCAUUGGAUUGGUUGAUAUUGUCAGUUCUGAUAAUCUCUGCCAAUGAGAUGGGGUGGGGCUGAUGGUGGGGCCAGAUUCCUCCCUAGCUAAUCAGCAUCUCCUCAUAGAGAUACACUGAAUCAAUGCAUCAUUAUGGGGAAAGGUAGACGCUGAAUGUCAGUCACACUGUGCACUGGCAACAGGAGUGUAUAUAUAACAGGUCCUCUCAUAGUUUUAGAUGUUUUGUAACGCCAUUAUGUAACACCUGGCACCUUGAUCAAUAAACCAGUAUUGUCUUGUCCCUGCACUCCGUCUCGUCUAGUGUUUGGGUGCAAGAUGGGAAGAUGUCAUCAUUUUAUCCAGCAUCUGAUUUAUUUAUGGUUGCCCGAGAUUAAUGAAGAAGCUUAGGCUGCUAUGGGAAUAGCCAUUAGGUAACCAGUUUCUGUGAUAGCUCCUCAAUGUCCUGGUGACAUGGAGAGUGGACAGACACAGUAGCAAGUACAGUGUGGAUCCACUUUUCUUGUUAGUGGUGGAGAUUAUGGUGACUUAAUUCAUGAGUGAUUGGCUGUCAGUCAAAUCUAUCUGCUUGCCAGUUCUACAUUCUGAAUUAAUUGUACGUUGUAUUCAAGCUUUCUUUUUUUUUUACACACAUUGUAUAAGCUUUGAAGUAAAUGGACGAUUACAAGGCUUUUUAACCUGUGUUUCCCGUUGUGAUACUCUUUGUUAAUGUACAAUUUAAUAGGAGCCUCACUUUUGGAAACUCUAUGCUGAUUUUUAAAAUUGGUAUUUAAUCUUUACAAAAUGGAUAUCAUGGAGAGAACUUCCAAGUAGAUUAAUGGUCUGUGCUAUGGUGGUUGAAAGAUUUUAAAAAAAUGGUGUACAAUUUAAUGUAGAUAAUAUAUCAUUUGGUGAAUGUGAUUUUUAUUUUUUUUUAUUUUUUUUUACGUGUGUUAAGAUUGUGCAAAAAUCAUGUACAUAAAGAAUAAAAUGAAAAAUCUAUCUAAAAAGAAUUAUGAAAUAUAUUUUGCUUCCAGAUUUGUAAAAAUCUCUGCAGAAUCAAAAAUACAAACAUAAACCAAGCUUUCCUUUAGGAAGCCAAUCCACCAGGAAGUAACAGGACCAUGUGUUUGAUUGACAGCCAGGGGGGUGUUGCAGGUUUACCGCCUUUCUAUUAAAAUCUACACUUUUUUGUAAAAUUAAAUAAAGAAGACACACUCUUUACAGAUAAAGCACUUCGGCAAGAUAAACCACUUUAGAGAUCUGCAUUGUCCCACCAAGAUGCAAAACACAGCUUUCUUUUCUUUUGCAACAUAAGUCUGGUUUAACAAAUACCAUAAAUUACUUUAUACUGUUUCUAUGUAAAUAGAUUUCACUAAAACACCAAAUGAAAUUUUUUAAUAACAUAACAGUGGUGAAAAUUUGCAGCCAGCUGUGAUGAAAAAAAAUACAUUAAUUUCCAUAAUUAUGUGUUGGUUCUUGCAAUAAUUUAAAGUGAAAUAAAACACGUUUGUUAUUUCUUGGAAGCAGAUUGUCUUUACCGAGUUACGUGCAUCCCUCCCUCCUAACCUCUCCGGCUUGGUAGAUGAGCACAGAACAUUCCAAACACCGAAGCAGUUCAGCUUUGGUGUAAAUGCUGUAUGUGUUUAAUAUAAGAUUUCAAUAGAAAUUAGCACUUUUAUUAAUUUGAGAGUUACUCCAAGCAUCAUAACCACUGUAACUUGGAGUAGUGGUUAUGGUACCACAAGUACCCUGGUAAUGGGGCAAACAAUCUAGCAAAGUUGUUUUGCUGCUUUGCUGGAUUCCCUCUCCCUAGUGGUCCAUUGAUGUGCUUUCAAUGCUGCGGAAGCGAGAAUCUGUGGCGAUCCACAUUCAUUGGCUAAGAGCAUCAGCUGACUGGUCUAAGCCAAUGACUGACAUUCUGGACAAUCAAAGUUGCACAGAAUUGACAUUAGCUAGCAAUACUUCACAAACAGACUAAAGGCAACACUAUGGUUGGAGUAACCCUUUAAACUUUUUACACCUCCCUGGCUUUUAAUCAGACAACCAGUCCUGUUAUUUCCUUGUUUGUUUAGCUCAGUAAAGAUGAACUCGAGGCACAAGUUACCCAGAGCAAAUCUGCCUUGCAAAGACUUCUCAUUGAGCUGCAUUGGGAAGACUGUGAUUGGACAGACACAGAAAGUCUGGGCGCAUUCGAAGGGGAAGGCUUGCAAAGGCAAGACAAGAGAACUGCAGCUUUUACUUGCCGUUUUAGAUAUACCCAAAAACAAAACAUGACUAAAUGCGUUCAUGAUUUCAGUGGGGUACAUCUACAAAAAAACGAACAAGGAAAAAAAAAACAAUAAUUCCGUUGGCGUGUUCUUUCAAGGAUAAGUGAUCCCUAUGCAUGUUCAUUAUAUGAAUGUGGGCAUUAACGCUCUCCCAAUGGAUUGGAUAAAAAUGCUGGGUUCGCUGUUGAGUAAGUUUGCUUGAAAGACGGAUUAGGCCUCGGUCAUGUAAAUGAGCACAUGGUGGUAUAGCAAGGCUGAUGGUGAAACACUAUUGCUUCACGCAUGUUCACUUUUACACAGCUGUUAUACCAUAGUAACAUGAUGUCAACAAUAUACACAAAGUAAAUACAUUACAGUAUACCAGGAGAUGGUACCUAGAUUAAAACAAAAUGUGUGUAUACAUUUAACCAGUAGGAAGUAAAUGAUGAUUACAUGAAUAUGAUUUUCCCAUAUAUUUUUAUUUACGAACCAUGAUGUGUCGCACUCUGUUGUGCAGUUAAGAAUAUCUACCAGCAAUGGCCACCAUGAAAGUCUGUAUAUCAAAGCAGCUUGACUUCAUCCUCUCCUGGGAAAUCGUCCAAUAAAUAGUUUCUCAGUUUAGGAAUGUGUUAAACCCAUGUCACGCUGAGCCCAAGUUUUCCAUUGAUUUCUAUCAGCAAUUCUUGUUGUUUAAAGGGUGACCCAGUUCUAUAGAACAUUCAAACCUGUGAAUUCUGUUCAUCAUGUAAUUAGUCCAUAUUGAGUGUCACGGUAAACCGCUGAUCUAAAACUGUGUCACUCACUCUUUAACUAACACACCUAUCCUGCAUUACUUUUCACCUCAGUCCAUUCAGUCCUCUAUGAAAGUAGAAAGCAGACAGCUGAAUUAUAUGUCGUUAACCUCUUUCUGUACUGGGUUUAUUUUUUGGGGGAAGGUGGAGGUUGGAGUAUGCACAAAGCUGUCAUAGAAAGAUAGGGAAUGACGCGCAGCUUUUUGGACAAAUUCGUGGACUGGUGAGAGGUCAUUUUAGAAGUUACAAAAUCUAUUACAGCGUUGGUGGUAAUGUGAAAUGCAGCAGAGAUUUUUAAACAAAGACUGUCACCAGAAACUCAGGCCCUUUAGCAGGUAUAGCAUAUUUUAAAGGGCAUUGCUCGCCGUGUGUAGGAUAAUGAGUUCAUGACGUCUUGUUCAAGCAAUUAAACUGUAGCUUUGAGUGGUGGCAGGAUUAAGCAAAUACUUUCAUUUAUUUAAUUACUGCUCUAAAAAAAACCAAACAUCUGAGUUCCAACUAUUAAGCAGAAAAGAGGUGUUCAUUAAACUUUGGCAGAUUAAUAUUUAAGUCAAGUAGCACAGACUAAAUUCUUCAUUUUAUACUUGCCAAGAUUUUUACCUGUUAUGUUAAUCACGAAACGUGUAUUCCAAAGAUUGCUCAAUAAACCUUUUGCCUGGUCAUAAAGUCACUAAGCUUGUAAGUGUAUUUCAGAGUAAGACAAAAAUCCGUCAAGAACCAGUAAUUAAGGCCCCUGGUGUUUUGGUAGGGAUAAUAGGACAUUAUCACAGCCACAUUCUGCUAUUCGUUUUUCAAAAGUCAUAUUCUGAGAAAGGCUUAUUGUGGAAGGGAGAAUAUCCAUGAUAAAUUUGUAUUCACAUCCCAAACAACUGGAGUAAUGAGCCGGCUUGACACUGGCCAAUCUAUACAGUGUCCCGGUAAUGAAUGGUGCCUGAUAAAGGUCACUGGGGCAUGUUCUCAUACUCUGUACCUGAUGUUUGGUGAUUGACUUGGAUUCUUUGUAUGAUGGGUCAACACAUUGUGGCUUGGUCUUCACACUAGACGUUCAGUUAAUUUUGUGGCCUCCCUUUUCUUCCAUAAUGUGAGGAAAAAAGCAAUGUGUGAGACACUGAAGCAAGGAUGGGAAGGAUAAUAAUUUUGACCUGUGAGACGGACCAUUCAGGGGCACACCAGACAAUUGUGUGUGUGUUGUUUUUAAAAAAAAUGUUUUAUUCUUUAUUUUUGGUCUGUGCUUAUGGUUACAAACAUGCUUGCGAUGCCACAACAGCAAGAACAAGCUUAGACAAACAUUUCCAAGGAAACAAUAGCAUGGUAUAUGAUUAGACUGCACAGUUAUUGUUACAAGACAUAAGCAGUAUAUGUCAGGUCGAUGAGGCAUCAUGAGUGCCAAUUGGAACAGGUUAAACUAACUGACAAAAAAAAAAUGUAGCCGGACAUAUAUGAGGUUCAUUCCCACCGGUCCAAAGGGGGGGGGGGGGUAACAGGGCGUGUGCUGUGUGAUAGCUCUGUCCUUGCACUUCCAAGCCGGGAGAGCAGCCACCUGUGUGAGCCCCCAAUGAGCCACAUACUGUCUCCUGGAGUGCCGAGAAAAUCGGGGAGUAUAAAUCUUUCCAAGGGUCAUCGUUGUAUGAACCGUGAUGGUCAAAGUAAGCUAUGUAAAACAGGCCUAUGGAGGAGCUCGGUAGAGAUGCGACCUUCCUCUAUUAUAGUCAGGCCCCACCCUUCUAUUUUCAUUUUUUUUUUUUUUUUUUUAUUAUAAGCUCCCUUGUGCCAUUUAAGUCUCAUUAUUUCCAUGAGUAAUACAAAAGAAGUGGUAAUUUUUUUUUUUUUUUAAUUCUUUAUUUAUGGUACAUUUUAUGUAGGUUGGUGGGUAGGGUAUGGGGUACAGAAGAGAAGUUGGGGGAGGGGGAAAAUGCACAGUUGUACAGCAUCUUCUCUGUUAACAAUCGCUCAAUCCUCUGUAUAUACAGAUAUAGGCAUAGUAAGAACUUGUACCGUAUGUGUCAUGAGAUUAGGCAUUAAGCUGGCUGUAGCAUGGACCAAUAGGGUCUAUAUGCUGCCGUAUUGUGGGUUCUAUUUGGUUGUUCGUUGUUACCUAAGGAUGAUGCCGUUAUCCCCGUUUUCAGUCCAACUGUGUAGUGGUAUUGUCCCAUGGGUCGCAUAGUCUUCAGUUGAAGUGUAACUUGGAGCCAGGUGGUUCGGUAGUUCUCUGUUUUUGGUGUAAUCGGGUUUUGUGGGCCUCGAGUUGUUUGUGCGACAUGUGAGCAAGUUCCAUUGCCUGGUAUUCCUGUGCAGGGGUGGUGAGGUGGAGUGAUGGGUGUAGAAUGGGUCGUGGGGGAAGGAUUCCAGGGGUGGAGGGGGAAGAAGUGGUAAUUUUGAGGACUGCUUUAGGAUUUCUAUGAAUGUUCACAGGGCAUAGCAGAAGAUGGCAAGCGUAAAGUCUAAAGAAUGGUGGAACGUUAGAAAGAAAUAUAGAACUGAGUGGCAGGUGUGUGAAAUAAUUAGCUUUCUUAACAACUCUGAAAAUAGCGAAGGGCACUUUCUAUACAGCUUAUUCUUUAUUACUUAGCAUUUGGCUAAGAGAAGAAUUAAAAUGGUAUUUGUGGGUAUAGCUACUGACGGACAAUCGCUAAAUAGUUUUGUGAUCCACAGUUUGCUUAUAUUAAUCAGCCCAUAGAGGGCAGCUUGGGAUAAAACCUUUACACAGAGCUAGGAUUACAAUACCAGGGAUACAACAUUAAUUCACAUCAUAUAGUUCUUUGUUUUGGCAGCCAGCCCAGUUGUUCCGUUGGUAAUAGAUAAUUGUUCCUUUCUGUUUCUGGGUAUCCUCUUGAUUCCUCAGUGUGGUGCCGGCUACAAAAGUUUUCUGCACCUGGAGGAAAAAUAAUAGGAAGUAAACACGUUUAUCUAAAGGUGUGAACUGAACACUUCUUCUCUGUAUAAAAAAAAGUGUUGUCUUUUUAUUCUUAUACUUUUUGAACUGAUGGGUUUUGAUGAUGUGAGACAGGUAGGCAUCGUGUGAUGUUCCCUCAGUCUGACAUAGCUUGCUCUUUUCUGUCCCUCUCAUAGUCCUUCCUUUGAACACUGGAAAUGUAUCAGAGAGGCUUAUCAUGGUUAACCUGUGGUCGAUGGUCAAGUUCUUCCUCUUUGUACCCAUCUCACAUUGCUAUAAUUGUUGUUGACUUGGCUAUGGAGUCUUUCUCCCAUCCUGUUCUUAAUGGGACUAGGCACAGAUGCCCCGUCUCCUUGCUAUUAUUUGCAUGGUGUUUUGAAUCAUUAGCUGUUCCCUUUAGGCGUAUCUCUGACAUUGGAAGGGUGAGAUAUGUAACCAAGUAGUUCUUGUUCAGAUUCUUCACAACAUGUAACGUAAACUCUUGAAAAACGUUAGACCAUGUCAGGAUGCAAUCUUAGUUCAAAUAAGUAUGAAGUCGCUAACGUAUCAAGAAGCCUACAUCCAACAGCCCACAUGCAAACAUACAGCCUCAAAACAUCCCCAUCAAACAAAACAUCCUUGGUGACCCAUAUACAACCACACCUAUACACUGACACGUGGCCAACACACACAAUCCCACAUGUAGUCCCCAUAUACACUUCCAUUAUUCGUAAAACAUACCGUGAUACACAGCCCGCACACAUCUAUAUAUACAUACAUACAUACUAACACAAGUUAUCAAAUGUUGGUCUCAAUUUGCUUGUUCCCUUUGACCAGUGUUUGGUCUUACUCCCAACAUGCAAUGCAUAUUUCCAUAAACCCUGAAUAAAAAAAAUGAAAUGUAUGCAAACAAAACAUACAAGCAAGCAAGAAAUGUUUCUUUAUCUCCCUAAUGGUAGUAAUGACGAUCCUCUAUUAAAAAGUAUUUUAGGAACGAUUUUUAUUUAUGUAUUCGGACUUGCUAUAAUUCCAUUUUCAAAGCGGUUUUUAUUUUUCCAUUUAAUUACUACCUACAGCUAUGAAUGUGUUGUUAUUUUUAUUCUAAAUCUAAAUUAAAUUCCAUGAAAACAAACAAUAUUCCGGUUUGUUGUAUUGUCAUAUUCUGUAUUUUAUAAAUCAAUUAUUUACACAAUAGCAGAGCGUAUUUGGCUGAAUGGACUGUGCAUGUGAUUUUCUGUUUCCAUAACGGAACCCUCCUAAUCAUGCUUGUAUAUUGUUCUGUGUACCCUUGCAUUCGCCAGUUGUUUUAAUAGCCCUUAUCACUAAGCCAAACACUGCUGUUUCAUUUGAAAGCACCCCGAGGUAAAUACAAUUAAAUCUUUCUCUGCUUUAAUAGGACCCAAGCUAAACAGCUGGCAAACAUCUUCCUCCGUUUUACAAAAUUAAUAUUUAAAGAUAUAUUAAAUCCUUUCUGUCAGUGUGAAGGGAAGGGAAAAAAAAUCUUCGUUUGGAUUCUCUCAACCCACAUUGAUGCUUGUCUUUAGGACGUCAUAAGGAAGUACCGUUUUCUCCUGUCAAACCAGUGUGAAUUAAAGGGACACUACAGGCACCCAGACCACUUUAUCUCAAUUAAGUGCCAUGUCCCCCUCGUUUUAACCCUGCAUUCUGUAGGAAGGGCAAUGCUUACUUUGCAGGGUUAAAAUGCCUCCAGUGACUGUCAUACUAACAGCCAAUUGAGGUGCUUCCCCCGCAAUAGCAGAGUUAAACUUUGCCAUUUCAAUCAGAUGGUAUCAUUGAGAUAAUUUGAUUGGCUCAGCAUAGCUUUUAGCUGCACCUGUGCACUAGACUCCCAAUGCUUUACUGUGGGAAACGGACGUUAUACAUGUUUGUAUACCCAACGCUAUAAUGUUCCUUUUAUUUUUGUCAGUUGAAUAUUUUGUUACAUUAGAUCAGGCUCGACAAAUCUUAGCUGCCAGGUCACUAUGGUGAUUAGGAAUUUUGUCCUGGUGCCUGGGAUGUGUCAGCCCGUUCAGUGGAGGCGGCCUGCAUAGGGUGAAUGCAGACAGCCCAGCGAGGGAGCAUGGAGAUGGCCCACUGAGGGUGAGUGUGGGCGGAGAGGGAGAGAGCAUGGAGGCGGCCCACUGAGGAUGAGUGUGGGCGGAGAGGGAGAGAGCAUGGAAGUGGCCCAAUCAGGGUGAGUUUUGGCAGAGAGGGAGAGAGCAUGGAGGUGGCCCAAUGAGUGUGAGUGUGGGCGGAGAGGGAGAGGGCAUGGAGGCGGCCCACUGAGGGUGAGUGCGGACAGCCCAGCAAAGGAGCAUGGAGGCGGCCCAUUGAGGGUGAGUGCAGGCGGUGAGGGAGGAAGCGGUUAUCUUACUACUCUCCUUGCUCUGCUCCAUCACACUCCCUGCAGCAGAUGCCAGGACCCUGGUUAUGAAGUAACUCUGUCCCCAGCAUCACUAAACAGUGCCUUCAUGGCUGUGAUAAUCUAGAUGAUCUCAGCCAAGCUAAUGCUUUCCCAUAAAAAUGCAUUGGAUGGCUAUUGUACAUGCGAUAAAUAGUAUCUCCUCAGUGUGGCGUGGUCGGAUGCUUGCCGCAUGCAGCUGCUUUUGGUAGGAUAUUCAGGGUGUGUAGAUUAACUUUCCGCAGUGGGGACCGGGAUGGGGGGGGAGAAGGUCUGCAGGGUGGCAUGAGGUUCUCUGUUUAGAGUGGGUACUGUGCAAGGGAAUCUGCCGCCACUUGAGUCCGCAUGGGCGGACAGUGAAAAUCCUCAGUGGAGCGUCGGAAAGGCUAGUGAAAACCCCACCCCUGGCUGAUGAAACCCCAAUGUUGCUGCCGAAGGUUAACUUUCACCUUAAGCAACAAAGAGGUUAAACUCAGUAUGUGCAGAGUUCCACAGGGAAAUGCUGCACAUACAGACUCCAGGCACCAUGACAACUUCAAAUCACUGAAUUAGUCAUGGUGCUUGGAGUAAAUCUAAUGAGUCUUGUGAGGAGAACUGGUGAAAUCUACUGAGGUCUGCUGAGGAGCAAUGAUGGGUCGGUAAUUCAGGAGUCAGCAACUGUAAGAAAUACGUUGGGACAAAUAUCUUGGUGGGAGUUUCUGGCUCCAAGUGUACAAUAUCUGUAGAGAAUGUUUGGUAAGUGAGGGGGCGCAAGUGAAGGUCAACACACACAACCGGGUCCACAGUUAGUCUAGAUAAAUUAGCAUUUUCCAGUUUCACCCACUAUAACGGUACUUACCCGGUCUGCGAGGUACAUGCGGUUUGAGAACUCCAGGCAAGCCACGUGUGGCUCGGAAGCUCCUUGCCCCUGGAGGGCCACGCAUGCCGAACAACCUGAGUGGGUGUGCGGCCCGUACAGUAUUGGGAACGCUGCUAGCAUCGCGAGCACAUUCUUAAAGGGGAAACGGGAGCCUAACCUUGCGGUCGGCUCCCAUAGGCCCACGUCAUUCCGACGCCCCCAUUCACGCACGUUUUGGGGCACAGGCAUGACGUGGACCAAUCAAAUAAAAAUAAAGGUAUUUAAACUUAUCUGGCUCUAGAUUCUGUGCCCUUUUGUGGUUUCUGUUCCAAGUACCCCUCAGAGUGUUCCUUGUGAUAUAGUAUUGUAUUCUGGUAUUGACCAUGGCUUUGUUUCCUGACUCUGAGUUUCUUUUUUACCCUUGCCUGUCUUGUUUGCCCUUCUGAUUAUUACUGUGUACCUGACUCUGGCUAGUUCUCAUUUUCGCUGUCUCUCCGUUACCCUGACCUUGGCUCGUAUUUCGACUACGCUUUUCUCUAACGUUAAAGGACCACUGUAGUCACCCAGACCACUUCAGCUCAACCAGGUCCCCCAGGUUUUAACCCUGCAGCUGUAAACAUUGCAGUUUCAGAGAAACUGCUUUGUUUACAUUGCAGGGUUAAUCCAGCCUCUAGUGGAUGUCUUCCUGACAGCCGCUAGAGGCGCUACCGCAACGCUCAAUGCGAAAAUCACAUUGACCACUCAGAACGUCCAUAGGAAAGCAUUGAGUAAUGCUUUCCUAAGGGCGGUUUGAAUGUGCGCGCGGCUGUACUCGGGAGCUCACGUCGUAGGUGAAGGAAUGGUCACCAGCGCCGAGGUAGCCCAGCGCUGGAUUAAGGUAAGUGGCUGAAGGGGUUUUAACCCCUGAAGCCCAGCGGUAGGGGGGCCCUGAGGAUGGGGAGGACUAAGGACUAUAUAGUGCCAGGAAAACGAGUUUGUUUUCAUGGCACUAUAGUGGUCCUUUAAGUCCGGCAACUCUAAGGCCCGGUAAGACAUUUAUAUUUUGUUUGUUUGUUCUUUGCUAUCCUAAACUCUGCGUGUUAGUGUUAACACUCAGUGACACCCACAAGAAUGAAUCUUUUAAAAACUGUGAUUUAAAUUAAAUCCACCUUGGAUGUAUAAUAGUGGUAAAUGCUAUAAGGCUUUUGGAAUCCCAGUGUGCACAUGUUUCUUGUUUAGGCUUAUAUAAUAUUUGUGGAUACACUUUUCAAAAGAGUUAAUAUUUAGAAAAAUACUAACUUUUUUUUUUUUUGUUCAUUUUUGACGUGCAUCGAAAUAGCAUGGAUAUUGUACAUAUUUAAGAGAAUAAACCACAUAGAAGGUUACCCAUCAAACAACAUGAAAUAUGGCAAAUUUUUCAAAGUAAGAAUGACGAUGAGAUUAGCACAAUGCAUAGAAGUGGUCAUAAUGCCAGAAGGUAGAUCAUAACAUUUGCACUGGAUGCUUAGACAGGUAAGAUUAGUUUUAAACAGGCGAUAUAAGCGGAUCUGAAGAGUGGUAGUACACAGGCCCCUGCAAUAGGCAGUUGGGAAGUAAGACUCUAGGUAAUCAAGUGAUCAGAUUAAGGGAAAUAGGUCAACCUAAAAGUUCAAAACAAUUGGCUUAAAACACAAAUUUAAAUAUGAUGUGAUAUAAAAACAUUUGAACUGUGGUGAAUCUGCUAUCAGGAGUCUCCGUUGCUAAUCAACCUGUGCCACUCUGGAGUAUGCCAUAGCCUUGCUUUGGUGAAGGGAACAUCAAGGGAAAUGUUCCAUUUGGAGGCCAAUGUAGAAGGCCUCAUUCACCCCUCCGUUACAGCAGAGUAUGGCCUCUUUGAGUAGAGGCGCAAUGAAUGAUUGUGCCCGCUCUCCAACACGCCGUUGGUGACUUCACCAUAUUCAGUCUGGACGUGCUGGGCCCUCUUCCCUCUGGUUCAUCUUGAGUGAGAGACCCUGAGUACUAUGGGUAGUGCUUGCAAGCUGCCAGCUUAUUCCAAAAGGCUUAAAUAAUCCGGGUUAACCGACCUAGCAUGUCCCACCCUUCACCGCCAGGGUCGGAAGAGCAGCUACGAUUUUGCUUGCCACUCAGUGUCAGCUUCACGUUGAUGCCACACACACUCAGCUUUUAAAGGAACCUCUAAGGUGUGGACCAGGAUCACCCUCCACCGACCAAAAGGGAAUGUGAGCAAGACGGGGCUACAGCUGGCGAUUGACUAGGCUUAGGCUGCUCCAGGUGGGAGAUCAGCCACCGCUCCCUUUCUCUGUGCACACUAGGCCGCAAUAUGCUCUGAGCCCUGUUCAAGACCACGUCGGCUACAUACAUCGCUCUUCGCUGGCAGGUGGGUCGAAGCCAGGCUAGGACUGCUUCAGUGUCGAUUUAGGGUGUAUUAGGGUCUUGUAGGGACCCAAAAACUUUUAUUUUGCUCUGAGCUGUCAUAGAACAUGUCUUGCAAGCAUGGAGGUGAAGCCACUUAGUCACCCAAUAAUUAAAUUUUUUUAGAUAUGUUGACAUAUUUUAUUUUUUAUAGUACUGUAAUGUGAAAUGCUUAUCCACAGAAAUUAAAUCAAAGCCUUAAUAGGAAAAACACACAAGUGUAACUAGAUUGCAUUUAUUUCAGAGGGGUGGAGGGGGCUGUUAUUGUUCCCUAUUAGGCGCUGUUCCUGAGUGAGAUUCAAGUAGUAGAGAAAUCUUCCUAUGGCUAAUAGUUCCCUUCCCGAGAUUUCCUAAAAUCUGUCAACUUGAGGAAAUUCUAUAAAAAUAUUUGUGUAAAAAUAUAUAUUUCCAUCAGUAAAGCAUUCUAUGUUCCCUCUAGUGACUGUACUAUUUCAAUAAAUUGACUUUUAAAUCUUUUUACCUCUAUAACUCUUCUGCUUCUAAAGCUCUGUGCUAUAUCGGUGCUAUAAAAACUAAAAUGACAGCAUUUGUGGGAGCCUUGGACACCUGUUGGGGUUCCUGACCUAUUAUUACUUUACAUUUGCCAGCCUUCUGAACUGUUCAUAAUGUACAAAACUUCAGACUAACAGGUUGAAAGCUUUUUAGACUGAUUCUGAGGUUUGGAGACACUUGUUACAUUUUGAGAUUUGUAUAUAUAUGUAUUUUUUUACUUUUCAGUUAUUUUGCUACAACACUCACAGUUCUGCUUUUGGCUAUGAGAUAAUGUUUGCUAAUAAAAAGGAUCUAGAGUUCAAAUGAAUACAGUAAGAUAUUACAGCUGGAUGGGACUCAUUUUGGGGCUUAGUUUUGUAUAUUUUAUUACAAAGAUAUGUUUAGUGACAAAGGAUGUUUGUUGUCUGUGUAGACUCCCGUUAUAAGAUUUCUUGGGUCAGUUUCCCAAUAAGAAUUACAUUUGUAUUAAUAACCGAUACAUGUUGGUCAUUCCUUUGGUCCCUGGGAACCACCAAAUAAUUCUGGUACCACUGAAUAAAAUCGAUUUAUUCUAUAGAUUAGAAGUAGCCAAAGUGUAAUUCUCUAGUUGUGGAACUACAAAUCUGUGAUGCUUAGCCAGCCACAGAGAAAUCCAAUUUAUUUUGGAUUAAUACAGAGCAUGAUGGGAUUUGUAGUUCUAGUGCGGAUGGAUAGCUGCAGGAUGUUCAGCUGUUUGUCAUAAAAUACAUUUUGUGUGAAGUCCUCUCUCCUACCUUAGUGAAAUUGACUUUUUUUUUUGUAAUCGAGGCAGGAAAUGAAUGGGGUGCUGAAAAGCAUGUUGUCUGAGUGGUUCUCCGUGGGAUUUCUAAACCUCGAGCGGAUAACGUGGCAGUCCCCCUGUGAGCUUCUCCAGAAGAUUAGUGAGUAAGUGCAUCAAAUUGAUCAGUGUUCUAAGACUGUCCUGUCUAACAGUCUUUUUCUUAGAGCUUAAAUUGUAAUGACGCCCUGUCUGAUGUGUCCAUGCAUGUUUUAACAAUCUUUACUUUUUAAAACCUGUAACUAUGUGUGUGCCAGAUGGUAGACGCAGCUCAUUCUUCGACCCUCGUAGAGUUAAUGUUACAGAAAAUGGAUUUCAUAAAAGUGGGCCCGUCAUCCACAAAUGGUACCAAUGGCAAGUUCACAGUUAGGUAGGUAGGUGUUUGUUUAAUCGAUUUACAAUGUGCUGUUGCAAUCGCAGGAUUAAGAGACACAUCUACCUGGUGACUUACUCUUUCAAGUCUAACCUAUACAAUAUGAUGCGAGCAGCAUCCCACUCUCCCUAGAAUGAGAUAUAGGGGCCACCCCUCACACUUGGCUAUUGUGGCGGCAUUCCAUGUUGAAUUGUAGUUUAUGCCAUUGGCAUUGAGGUAGGGCUUAAAGGACCACUAUAGUGCCAGGAAAAAAUACUCAGGGACCCCCUCCCGCCCGGCUCUGGAAGGGGGAAAGGGGGAAAAACUUACCUUUUUCCAGCGCUGGGCGGGGAGCUCUCUGCCUCCUCCGAUCCAGCCCGUCGGCUGAAUGCGCACGCGUAGCAAGAGCUGCGCGCGCGUUCAGCCGGUCGCAUAGGAAAGCAUUAUCAAUGCUUUCCUAUGGACGCUUGUGUGCUCUCACUGUGAUUUUCACAGUGAGAAUCACGCAUGCGCCUCUAGCGGCUGUCAAUGAGACAGCCACUAGAGGCUUUGGGGAAAGGCUUAACCCAUUGAUAAACAUAGCAGUUUCUCUGAAACUGCUAUGUUUAUAAAACAAUGGGUUAACCCUAGAAGGACCUGGCACCCAGACCACUUCAUUAAGCUGAAGUGGUCUGGGUGUCUAGAGUGGUCCUUUAAAGGUCUGGGUGCCAGGUCCAUCUAGGGUUAACCCUGUAGCUGUAAACAUAGCAGUUUCAGAGCAGUUUCUCAUUGACAGCCGCUAGAGGUGCUUCUGCGCUUCUCACUGUGAAAAUCACUGUGAGAAGAUGCUGACGUCCAUAGGAAAGCAUUGAGGAAUGCUUUCCUAUGGACUAAUUGAAUGCGCGCACGGCUCUUGCUGCGCAUGCGCAUUCAGUGAAUGACGUCGGAAGAGGGAGGAGAGUUCCCAGCGCCGAGGGAGCCCAGCGCUGGAGAAAGGUAAGUGUUUAACCCCUUAACCCCUCUUGAGCCUGGCGGCAGGGGCACCCUGAGGGUGGGGGGGGGGGGAAGAAGGACCCUAUAGUGCCAGGAAAACUAUGGUGGUCCUUUAAAGGCAGGAACAGAAUAUUUUCUUUUUUUUUAAAUUCUUUUCUUCUCUAUGUACUUUCUAGUUUGAUCAUGUAUGGGUGAAAUUGUGUCCCCUAUAAAGUGACCUCAAUUAUGACAUAAACUUUUACGUGUUUGUGUUUUUUUUCCUUUUUUUUUUUUUUUAAUUGUAUGUAUUUAUAAAAUUUGUAUGUUUUUAUUUGGGGCCAAUACAAACCAUUAUCCGGAAAUCUAUUUAUUUAUAAAUAGAACUAUACAUAGGACACAAGGUCACACCUUUAGACUGGAAGAAAGGAGAUUUAGUCUAAGGCAAAGGAAAGGGUUUUGUACAGUGUGAACAAUAAGGAUGUGGAAUUAUCUGCCAGAAGAGGUGGUUUUAUCAUAGUCUGUACAGAUGUUUAAACCGCAAUUGGAUAAAUACUUACAAAAACAUAUUAUACCGGGAUAUCAUGUUUAAUUAGUGGGGUAAUAGCUUCUUGAUCCAAGGAGCUAUCUGACUGCCAUUGUAGGGCCAAGAAGGAAUUUUUUUCCUAGUUUGUUGCAAAACUGCUUCACACUGUUUUUUUUUUUUUUUUGCCUUCUUUUGGAUCAACAGCAAAAAUUUAAUGUGAGACAGGUUGAACUUGAUGGACAUAUGUCUCUUUUCAAAAUCUGUAAAGUGGUAUAAGUAAAACCUACACCUUUAAGUGGAGUGCUAAAAUAUAUGUGCGAAAUGGGGUAAACUUACCCCACGUAACCUUGUUACAAUCUUUGACUUGUGGUACAUAUAAAAGAUAAAAAAUACUAUAUACCCUCUCAUCCACACCCAAAAUUUGGGAUUUUGGUUUUGGAUGAGAGGGUGUUCCACACAAGUGUAUAGAGCUACUGCUGUUCAUUUAUUUUAACACUUUUUGGUACACACAUCCCUUUUAAAAGGAGAUAUAUCUUGACAUGUCUCUAUUCAGCCUAUGUAACUAUGUAAUUAUGUCCGUAUAUGUUUUUGUUUUUUCUACCUAGAAUCUGCAGAUGCUCUGUUUACAGUCCCAUAGGGCUGCAUUAAAGUUUGAAACCUUGUAACGGUUAUUGAGGUGUUAGUGUGGCUAUAGAACAUAAUGAAUUCUGCCUUGACAGGUACGAAGCCGUGCAUCCUGUACGGAACUGGACGGACAUGAAGCGCAGGGUGGGCCCUUACAGAAGAUGCUAUGUGUUUGCUCACAGCUCAAUGCCGGGGGAGCCCCUCAUCGUCUUACAUGUUGCUUUGAUGCAGCAUAUUUCCGCCAGUAUUCAGGUGAUUUGUAACGGGGGUUAGACCAGCUCUGUUGUGCCUUUUCUUGUUUUAGUUUUCUUUUGCUUGUGGCCUUCGUGUUUUAAAGAUUUCACUCCCCCAUUGUCACUGACCAUUAUUUAUAUAUGUAUUAUCUUUUUCUUACUUUUACUUAUGUAUAACUAAAAAUCCAAGAUGUAUUUCAAAAAAACAAAAAUUAAGGAAAUAUAGGGGGAGAGGGGAAUAAUAGAUUAAUUAAAAAGCAACGUGACAAAGCCCAUACUGCUAUAUAAAUCUUCUAACCGAUUACCAGACGUAUGUACCCAUGCACAUGGAACAUGCUAACUGACUUAAUAAUGGCCAAUGUCACAUGUUGAUGCUCUAUAUAUAAUUGUAAUCUUUUCUAUAGAUUUUCACAGUGCCGGUGUUUGGUCUUUUUUUGGACAAGGCAGGGUUAACUAGGCACGUAGGUCUAGUCUUUGGAAAAAUCUGUAUUCGUCAAGACACACUCAUUCAGGAUCUUCGAAUUUGUUAAUGUCUGUGCAAGAUGUCUGUCUACGUUUGUGCUGUGAGAAAGAGAUUGUGACACAAGAGAUUUUAAGAAGAAACAGAAAAUGAUACUUCCUGAGUCUAUAUUAAGAUAAAUGUAAUAAGCAGGACCAGACUCAGACAAAUAUUUGCCUUGGUAUUUAAACCUAGAAGGGGACAUGUUGUGUCCUCACCAAUUCCCCACAAUUCACACUUUUCAGUGACAAAAACCUGUGUAAAUUAUGUAGAGGCAAAACAGCGUUUUGGCAAAUAGAAUCACCAAAUAAAGUAUGUGAAGAUAGGCUAUGCUUUAGCCAAUGCCCCGCUUUUAUAUCUUAGGUGGGAACUGUAGCGGAUGGCACCAGGCGACCCUACAAAAAUACUGCAUAAAGCUGCAUCCGUGUAUCCGCUGUAUUUUCUUUGUAUUGAAAAAGAAUUGUAUUCCUCUGAUUGUUCGGUAGUUUCAUUCCCUUAGUUUAUUCGAAUGAAACUACCGAACAACCAGACCUCCCUGUGUGAAGUGUGUCCUCAAUUACCCGUUGCAACAUUGUUGCGAACGGGUAAUUGAACAGUAAGUAGCCGUCCUUUGUUCUCGGGGGUGGCCGCCAUUCGACAAACGAACACGUGGCGGCGGCCAUUUUAAAACUCCCGAACAGCGGUGUUUUGUCGUCGAGUGCCUGGAACUAAAAUCGGACACUCGAGUAGGCGAACACCGCUGAGACCUCCACAGCCCUGGUCCGUUCGGUUCCAAACUACCGAACGGCCCCUCGUUCGGUAAAUAGAGAAUACCGAACGAGGGGAUUCAGGCGAACCCCCCCUAGCCUCUAUCGCUAGAGGCUUUCGUGUAUUUUAUUCCCUUAUGCCAGGACCGACCGCAAGGCCAUUCACAUGGAACCGAAUUCGGCUAGCUCUGUUCGUGCGGUCGGUCAUUUUAUUCCCUCCAUACUUUUCCCGAACCCCUGGUCCGAUCUGGGUGAUUUUUGGAUAUGUUGUUCACCCAGAUCAGGGCUACCCAGGGGAUGUAUGAUUUAAAGGGGUACCCCUACGUUUAGGGGUACAUCCAGAAAUGGGGGGAAUUGGUGUGCUGGCUAAGGGGAUUAUGAUGCUGGCUGAGGGGAGGGGAUGUGUGGGAGGUUACCAGGACAGGAUUGGCUACUGUAAUAAUUACUGUAAUCCCUCCCUUGCAUGGGAGCAUGCUUUAUAAGGAGACUGUGAUUAAAGGCUUGUCAGUUAUGCUCCUGAAACUGUGUGUCGUCCAGUUAUUGGGAUUGCUGUUGGGAUAUUGCUGUAUUUUACCUGCUGGAAACCUUGCCUGUGGAUUUACUAUUUACUUGUUCCUGAGUCCCACUUGGAUUAUAAGCGGAGAUAACCUGGGUAAUAUUGCAUCUCCGCUACAGGAACCUAUUCUGCUGUCAUGCAUGAGCAGCUAAAUUAAUCCAGCACCAUGCCCGAGCCACGUGUAGGGGUCUCCCACUUCAUGAGGAUUUGUGUAGUGAUACAGGAACUUCUUUGCUUCCCAUUCCCACACAGACUUAAAAGCCAGUGCUGUAACUCCACUGAGCCCUCCAUUUCCAGCGGACUCUUGAUGUGACUGUCCCACAAGGUUGUGGGUGGCUGACGGAUAUUCUGUCUCGGCUCUCGGACCAGAAGAAGAACAGGGUGUCGGAGCGUCGCUGGAGCCUCUACGGUCUCAGCUGAGGUGAGUAUGCACCGUUGCUGGCGGUACUCGAUCCAGGUCCAGAAGGCUACACACAAGGCCUCAAAUUCCACAUGGAACUUGGAUUCCCAGCUGAACAGAUGCUUGGUUGUAAUGGUGGCCAUCUUGGAUACACCACAAGGGCUUUUGUAGCAAGGUGAGUACGAGUAUUGUAGCCGUCUCUGAUGGGGACUGGGAUAUCCCCCACUGGUGUGGGGGGAGUGGAGGGGGAGGUAACGUCACAGGUUGGAGGCUACAGCUAGCAACACUCUUUGGCAUGGGAGAUCAGCCGCCUCCCCCAGUCGCCUGAAGCACUAGACUGCAGGUUCCAAACAAGGUGUCACGACCGCACUUACCUGUAGGUCCCCUACCGCGUUUCCGCCCGCGGUUACAGCGGUUUCCCUUCAGGGUACGCCGAGCACCAAUACCGGCACAGGCAUUGAUAAGGCCAGUUUGUGGCUUUACCUUGAGGUUUCCCACAUCACUGAAUGGCAAUUCAGCCGUGAUUAUAGAUGCUCUGAGCCGGAGCUAGGUGAAAAUGCGUCGGGACAUCUUCAGCCCCCUGUUUCUGCAAUUCUUUAUUUAUAAGAGUGCUAAUUUUCAAAUAAAAAGGAGUACUUUUAUAAACUGCAAUUAAAAUAAGCAUAUCCUCAGACAUAAAGCAUUUCAGUAAGCUGUAUGUAGCGUGUUCCUUUAACCCCUUAAGGACCAAACUUCUGGAAUAAAAGGGAAUCAUGACGUCACACGUCAUGUGUCCUUAAGGGGUUAAACAGGUUGGAUUUGAGACCUGAUUCUUUGGGUGAUUGGUAGAGAUUGAUCUUUGUUUCACAAAUUGUUGUACAAAUAAGUUCUUUAUUUUAUUUUUUUCUACAAUUAAAAAACUGGAGAACAUUAAUGAUCAUGACUACUUUGUUAAAUAUUUUUUCUCUGUGGUAGGAUAUAUUAUUGCCGACUACUAAGGUAUUGCAAGCUCGCUCGGCAAUGUAAAAGUUAAGCUGUAGAGAUUGAAAAGAAGCCGUCAAUAAGUAUUGCAAUCAUAUCUGCGGGGAGUCCAUGAAUACAGAGCGUUGCCGAAGCCUCUGACUUAAUAAGAAAGCCGGGCCUUUUAAAGUCAUGAAAGAAAAGUGCUCUUAAUUUGCUGUUCAGAGUUUUUCUCUCACUCAAAGUGUCAGUGAGUCAGGAGUUGGCCCCAUCGCGGAGCCCUGCUGAGCCCAACCGAGAUCUGCACAACAGAUAAAAAGGGACACGCAUUUCAUUAUUAUAGAGGUCUCGCUUCUUCAGAGAAUGAAAGAAUGGAGGAUCUCGCCUAGGUGUAUGUUAAUUUUGAAUAUCAAAUUAGUUACAAAGAAUGAUGGCUACGGUAAUUCACAAGGCGUGGCGGCAGGGAGCCUCGUUAAUCUCUGAAUGUAUGUUUGCAAGAUAUCCUCAUAUAACAAUGCAGAGAUAAUGACAGAACCCGGGAUGUCUAAUGUGGGCACACCCAAGUGGUUGGGAACUACCUUUCCCAUGAACCUCUACCAUCCUAACUCCAGAGGAAGGUCAGUAAACUGGAACAUCUCUAAAUAUGUACAGACAUAUUCCCCUUCUAAAUACUGAUAUUUGUGACUGUGACCUGAAUAUUACCAGCUCCAGUACUCUGUAGACUCCACUUAAAGUGAAAUAGAUUUAUUAAAUACGAAAGUAUGUGUAUCUGGUAUGAGAAGUGUCUAACAUGCACGGCUAUUUAAAAAUGUCGGCACUGUUCUAGUGACUGUCUUUUUUGUUGGUUUUUUUUUUUGCCGUUUUUUAAUUUUCUGCUUUUGUUUUUUGUUUACAGGCAAUAGUUAAGGAAAUCCCGCCAUCUGAGCUUGAAGAUGGAAACAAGAUCAAGUCAGCCAUCUUUUAUUCCAUAAGUCUAACUCAGCAGGGACUGCAGGGGGUGGAACUCGGCACGUACCUCAUCAAACGUGUUGUGAAGGAGCUGCAGGUCUGUGUGACAGAAAAAGCGUGUAAUGUAUAGAUGUGUAACUCUCAGGAGAUUUGUCCUGUGUAACCCCAAUCUUAUGAGAGAAUUGUAACAUCCUUUAAUUUAAUGCAAAGAUUUAUUUUAUUACCCAUCACGUGUCUGAACCUAGAUGCUCCCGCUUGGUAUGUGCGGAGCCUUGGCGCUCGCAGGAGGUAUGCGCUUAACGUUGCAGUUUGUGGGCGGUAUGCACGCAACUAGCCCUGUAGGUACUGACCUUGACUCUCUCGCCUGAGGGAGGGAGCGGAACCUUGACACUCUAGCCUGGUGUGCGCAGAACCUUGGCACUCGCGCCCCGUAUACGCAGAACCUAUGAUUCUUAGGUUGCUAACGCACACUGUCUUUUGCUGGUAGACUUAUUUUUUUGUAAUUAAAAAAAAAAAAAAAACAUUUUUCAUAGGUCUUCCUAUACAGUGUGACUAUUUCUCUGUGUUUUAUGUGCACUGAAUAUUUUGGGGUACAGUAAGCCCACUUUCAUGUAAUUCGACUAAACAGGCAGGGUGCGAUAUUUCAGUAUGUUUAUGAAAGCUCUCCUGGCGAUGCACAAUAGUUAUUCAGCCAUCCUGACAUGUUAACGUUUUGGAUUUGCUUUGAACUCCUAAUGCUUUAAAUUCACAAUGCUCUGUGCUUACUGCUGAAUAGAACUGCCGUAUGGGCUCUUAACAUGGCCACAGGAAUUCGCAAGAAAUAAUAGCAAUUCUUCCCAUGCUCAAUUUAGCCUAUUACAUCAUUUAAUAAAUGCGUUUGUAAUAUUUUUUUACCCCAUUAUUUAACAAAGCACCAUUAUUGCUGUCUGCAGAACAUAUUUUUUUUUAUUACAUUUGUAGUUUUCUGUUUACAAAAAAAAAAAACAACGAAAAGCCAAUUUUCCACAUUAUUGUUUAGUCCAAGUCUUUAAUGUAUUAAGUUAGACUCUGUGCAUUAGUGGCUCUUACAAUUCAGCGUUACACUUAGUGAGCUUCGGCAACGCAAGCCAUGUGUUUUUCAGCUCCGGCUCUCUUUGUAUCCGAGAACUGAGACAUGCUGAAAUAAAAAGAGCUGUUGCUAUUUGUCAGGAACAUUCAAAAUAAGUGCUUGUCCUGUCAUUUCACCAAGCAAUGUCAGAAAAAUUGAAAAAUCUUUUUAAAAGGCUUUUUUCAUGAAAUACUCCAUUCAUCCCACAUACAUCGGAAUGUAAUGGAUUUUAAAGUCAAAAUCACAAUGGACAAUAAUUUGUUUUUCUUUUUUGUUUUUUUCAUAUAUACAAAAAACAAAAAAUAGUUAAUGUUCUUGCUUAGAGAUUCCCUGCUGGUGAAUGUGGGUAGGAUUUGGGCUAAAGGGUUAUGAUUAUGUACCAAGGAGAAGGGUGGUUCACAGUCCCUUGUGUAAGUGUUCAGUGUGCUGUUAAGUUAGAAAAUAAGGUAUUUGAGAAUUUCCUAGAAUAUCCAAACUUGCCACAUAAAUAUUUCAGAUAUGACCGUGUUUCUUUAGUGUGGCUAUUUUUUAACACUGUAUGUAUUGAUUUAUAGAAUUUUUGCUUUUUUCCCCCCUUCAUAAUGUCUACAUAUUCUGAUAGUUCACAAUGUUUAUUCGAAUUAUUAAAUAUUCCAUUGUAACCGUGCUUGGUAUUAAUCUAGUAUUAAUGUACAGUCACCCAUGUAUCAGACUAACGUUAUUGUAUAUGCUGAUGACCGAUAUAAUUAAUAAGAACUCUCUGGAACAAAAAAGUAAUUUAGUUAUCUAGUUUUUGAACUUAUCGGAUUAAUGUAUCAUGGCUAAAUUGAAGAAGUAAAUAUUAACAGUUUUAUAUUUAAUAUAACAAAAAGGUUUUCAGUUUUUAGUUACACCGGUUAUUUUUUAAAUCAAUGUAAUCGCUCACUGACAGUAGAGAGCCUGGAGGGGGGAUUAGACUUCUGCUGCUUAGUAGAUAUUAAUAUAUGCUAGAACAUAUGAAAAGUUAAUUUCUUGUGAUAAUUUGCCCUAAGCCUUGUGCGUCAGAACAUUAUGGUUGUGUUGUCUGAACUGUCAGUGUUGUUCUAUAUUCUACUGCAAGUUCUCCCAGCUGAUAACAUCUCGCAGUGAAAUGAGGGACCCCUAAAAACCAAAAGGCGGCAGGCUGCUAAAAAAUAAACAAAUAUAGGUGUGUGUCCAUGUAAUAAAACACAUAACCGAUUUAACAUAAUACUAAACCGUCAAAACCACAGUAUCCUAAAGGAUAAUAUACUUCUAAAUAAUGGAGUGGGUAAUAAGUGUGAUUGCUGUAGAUGGUGCGUCCUCCAAAAAUAGUGUAAUCCGCACUAGCUAUCAACAAAUAAUAUGUGAUAAAUUUCUGUGCUAGUCCCUCUGCGGCAGCAAGUUUGAACCAUUAAUUUCUGCCCUGAAUCUGAAAUAAUUGGGAUGUAAAUAGCAUCGAGGCACUCUGCUUUGUAUACCGCUCGGAAAUGUGGAGCACAUUUUUAUUUUUUUUAUUUUUAAAAAGCUACUAACUAGAAAUACUUCUCUUUUAGACGAGAUUACUGUAAAAGGAGAGAGGGCCGUUUGCGAUCCUGCUUUAUAUACCAACAUGCAGGGUAGAAAAUGAGCCGCUCUUGCUGAUCCUGAUAGCUGAUUUUCUGCCGGGGUCUUCUCAUUAUUUCAUAUUUUACCUGAAAUUCAUGUAAGCAGCAUGCAGUGUCUCUUGGUGAUAAAGAAAAGCAGAUUCUAUGUGCUUUUUCAAAUUCAAUUGUGGCCACACUCUGCUUUUGCCAUGAUCAUUAAAAAUCCCAGUAAGAGCUUGUGUGAUGUCCUAAGGUUGUUCAGUCUCAGGAAGUCCUUUAAUUGUGACAUAAUUACUGCUCCCUCUCAUUCUAUGUCCUCCACUUCAAUGUAGAUUUUCUAUGGAGCUUGUCUGAAUUGUUAAGUGCUUUUGAGAGUUUUGUUGACUAUGGCAUAUUCAUUGUUCAUUCUCUUCUAUUCUCACAAUCCUAUUCUAUUCUACCUCCUUCGCUAGAUUUCUUCUUUAAAGACAACCGUUCACCUGCUGGCUUUUAAUAAGCUAAAACCGACUAAUUGUUGUGAAUUAUUAUUUAUUAUUUUUUUAGCUUUGUUUAAAGUUUACUUAUUACAGGUUGUACUAUGUUGAAUAUUCACAAAAGUACCAGCAGACAUACACAGGAAGCUGAAUCCGAUAUACCGGUACAUACAUUUGAGUGCUUACAAAAAAAUAAGAAAAAAAAUAUGUAGGUAGUUCUAUAACAUAUAUGAAAAAAUCGAAACAAAACCAAAAAAAGAAAAUACCCAGUUAUAAAAAAACAAAACAAAAAACAUCCCCCAACAAUGACCUGAAAAGUACAUUAUUUUGAUAUUGGUUUCAUCUCAUUCUCUUUCGUAAUAUGACUUCAACAAAGAUCGGUUCCAUUUUUAUAUCAAGUUACAGAAGAAAUCUAGAUACUUUUCAAAAGGUUCACAAAGUUAAAUUUCAUUGCGUAGUUUAGCUUUCUAUAACUCCCAGAAUCCCUUGCUGUGCCUAUAAAGCCACGCUAAUGCAGUAAGCCCAAUAGUAAUUUAGAAAGUUAACAGAGCGAGAAGAUUGGCUGAGGCAUUUCCUGGUUUGAUGAGAACUAACUGUAUAAACUUAACAUUGAAUGUCUUUCCAACUAAUAUUUUUUUCAUUUACAAUAUCAUGCGUUAUCUGGAGUGUCUAUUUAAUGAUCGGUAUAAAACAGUUAAUUUCAUUGGAAAAAUUCUAAAACUCUGUCAGUCAUAUGGCCCCCAGGGAACCGGACAGCUCUUAUUUGGAACCUCAGUCAAUGUAGCAAAUAACUUCACUAGAGCGACAGACAAUCCAUAGAACUUCACACCAAGUGGCCUGCACUCUGCCGCAUAGAUUAAUUACAUACAUAUUCCUGGAAGUAAUUAAAGGAAUUGUAAUUUAAAGGAAAUCAAUCCGAAUUCAUUUUGUUUAAGGUUUGUUUAUCUAGACGUUUCCUGUAAUCUGCCUGUGGAGAGCACUUCCUCUCGCUAAUAAUGCUGUGCUGUGUAGACUGCGUUGCCGUAUACACUGCACUUGACAAUCAUCUCCACUAUAGAAGCAUCUAUUUAAAUUUAGAGAGAAACACAAUCGGUCCAGUCUUGGACAAUUUUUUUUAUUUUCUACAAGUCUGAAGUUGAGGAUGUGUUUGCUAUUGAGGGUCAAGGAGUGCAUUGGGUUGGCAGUGUUCCCCUUGUGGGUUUGCUUGUGCUUUGCCAGACAGAAUGUUGGCUUUGCGUCUUUCCUGAGACUGUGUAAUACUCUUUCACUAAUGUUAAUCAUGAGGCUGUCACCCCUCCUUCCACCUUUGCCCUUAAAGGACCACUAUAGUGCCAGGAAAACAUACUUGUUUUUCUGGCACUAUAGUGCCCUGAGGAUGCCCCCACCCUCAGGGUCCCCCUUCUGCCGGGCUUGAUGGCGAGGAAAGGGUUAAAUCUUACCUUUUUUUCCAGCGCCAGGCGGGGAGCUCUCCUCCUCCUCCUCUCCGCCUCCUCUCCUCUCCUCUUCGGCUGAGUGCGCAUGCGCGGCAGGAGCUGCGCGCGCAUUCAGCCAGUCUCAUAGGAAAGCAUUCGUAAUGCUUUCCUAUGGACGCUGGCAUCUUCUCACUGUGAUUUUCACGGUGAGAAGCACGCAAAUGCCUCUAGCGGCUGUCAAUGAGACAGCCACUAGAGGCUUUAGAUGCUGGAUUAACCCAUUUAUAAACAUAGCAGUUUCUCUGAAACUGCUAUGUUUAUAAAAAAAAGGGUUAAUCCUAGAGGGACCUUGCACCCAGACCACUUCAUUAAGCUGAAGUGGUCUGGGUGCCUAGAGUGGUCCUUUAAGGCUACUAGACCCUUUAUGAAUAAAAUCUUUCCACCGACUGGCUUAACUGGCUUCUUCCCGGUCUCUAACAGACAGGAUCACUGCUUAUUGCACUCGAGCGGUGGCUACCUUAUGGGCCGUUUCACUUUAUGGCUUCUGUAAAUAAAAAUUCUAUAGGGCAGCCACUAGAUUGUCAUUUUAUAUAUAUUUUUUAAAUGUUUGCAUCCAUGCCGUUCUUGGCAGCGAGGUUACAUUCAGUCAUCGACUCUAUCCGCACUAUGUUUUGAGGUGGCCUGUAUGCCCUGUACUGUCUGUGUUUUAAAAUAACGUAUGUCUCAUCACCCAAGGAAAACAACGUUUGGGGGGUGACGGGCGCCCAUGUGUGCUUGUGCCUCGUCUUGUACUUCUGCUUGGCUAUACCUAGAAUCGAAGAUUCUAAAGGGAUAUCUUCAGAAGGAGGAGCAUUCUGAAGGGAUGCAUUAUGGGUAUUUCUACCGCCUCCUAUUCAGGGAAGCCUUUUCCCAUAUAUCACAACUCCUAGACUCUCACUACAUGUAAGACACAAUUUUAGUUGUUUACAUCCUCUUUGCUGGUAUAAUCUCAGUCCAACAUAGUGCACCUAAAGAUAAUACAGUCAUCUCUCUCUUCUCCAGACUAUCCGUAUGUACAAAUGAGUAAAUCUAGUCUUGAGAUAAUGAUCCAAUUGGUUAUUUUCUCCCAUUACAAUCAGUGAUUGUAAAAGUGUGUCUCCCCUGGUGGCCAUAAGGAUUUCCAAACUCCAUUUUCCCUGCACAUUACCACUGCCUACAGGGUGAUACAGCCCCAUUUAAGACUCCGCUGUGACUGUGUCCUUAUUCACGUCAAUAAAAAAAUAAAAAGGGCUAGCUGAUAUUACCAUACAGCUGUUUGUUAUUGGAGUAUUUCUCUGUUAGUGAUGUGGAUAUAUGGUACAGCAUUUUCUAGGUUCUUUAGCCCUGACUAAAUCUUUGACGAGUAAGAAAUUCAGCAAAUUUCCGCCGUGCCUUCUCCAACCAGGGGUAGGAAAAUGGGGGGGACAGGGUCAGUGCUUCAGAAGAGUUUCAUUUUAAGCAGGAAAAUCUUUUGAUUUGAGGAUUUGUCUCUCUAGCAUUCAUAUACAGUAAGAGGUUUGAUGUACGUUGGCCAGUGUUAUCGGAUGGAUGAUUUCUUCCCAAAUGAAUGUAAGUGUUGAUAAGAUUCUUUCACUGUGCGAGACAAUCUAUCUACCCAAUGCUUAUCUGUUGGGAACAGGAGAGAUAUGUUCUGUCUAGAAGCUAUAGAAAUAGAUUUUGAUUCUUUGCAGUAACAAAUGAUUUUUUUUUUUUUCCUUUUGAAUCUAGUUUUUGCAGUGCUGAGCUAACACUUAAAUGUUUCCUUCAUAUUGGCGUAAAGCCCCCUUCAACCUGUCUAUCAUGUACCUCUACAAUGAAUAGGAAAGUUGUCAAAUGUAAUUUUUCUUCCUGCUGUGUUUGUGACCUAAACCUGAUCUCAUAAACCCCUCUUUUCAUAAACACAAACUCCGAUCCACGUCUGUAAAGCACGCAGCUCUCUGCUUUUCUACGUAGAUCUUCAGUUUUAGGUUUUUAGUUUGUAGGUUUAUUAAAGGGGGACCGCAAGCCGGGUUGGACUAAUUAUUAUUUAUUAUUAUUUAUUAUCAUUGUAUAGAUAUGUUGAGAAAAUAUAUGUAAAAACAGGAAAAAAAUUACAAAUGAUAAAAAAAAAAAAAAAAAUGUGUUUUUCAUUUAAAAUCCCUGCCUUUCUAGGAAAAUUCCAGGUUUUGCAGGAUGUGCUAUGAUGAGCUUCCUCUAAACCAGGAAGUGGUUGAUGCCUCGUUUAUUUCCACUGCUGAGAUUUUUUUUUUCCCCCAUGCAUUGUUUUAUGCAUUGUGAACUUCAAAAACCAGAAACCCAGGUCACAGCAUUAUAUACACUAGAGUGAGUGCAAGCUUACAGGGCAAAAAAACAAUUACCCUUGUUCCUUUUGAAUUCUAAAUUUGUUUAUCAUCAGCGUCUUGCAUAUGGUGUGUUUAUACAUAUAGGUUAGGCAGUAAAUCCUUUCUGUUGCUGUCCGUGGUGCUGAAUCCCACAAUGAACACUGUGCUCUAGUAAAGGCAAACAAAUCGCAUAUUACGCCUAAAACCCUUUAAAAUUAUACAGACACAUCGCAUGGCUGAUCUGUUUGAAUGACCUUGAAAUUCUGACUGAAUGUGCUUAAGGUAUUUUGUGCAAAUUAUAUAUCUGUAUACACUGUACAUAUGUAGGUAGGAUUUUAUAUAAAUAUUUAUUACCUCAUUAUUUUGUUGUCUUAAUUAAGCUACAGAGACAUGAAAACAGUAUUUUAAAAGAGAUAGUAUCAAACGUGACAUUAGUUUAUCACAUGGCGUCGGUGUAUGUAAUUAGAGAGCAGAAAUUGCAGGCUUUAUUUACUAAACAGUGCAUUACAUAGCACUCAAUAGUAAGGUGAAAAAUUAAGUAAAAAUCGUUUUUAUGCCCACCCCACUCCCCAGCUACUACUCACUACUGUGAGUAGUAGUUGUUGGUGCUACUGUGGACUCUGAGACCUGGAGUUUUUAAGCCCAUAUGGGUGUUCUGAAACUUUGGAGCCUGCAGCCUACCCGGGAGAGGAGCAGGGCAGACUGCCACUGCCCUGCUCAUUAGCCUGGCUGCCAUACAAUAGCUCUUUGACACAGCUCACAGGCCCUGUUUCCUUCCCUCCCUGCAUGGACUGGUGGGGGUUACCCCAUUCCCCCUGGAGGGUGCCGACACCAGUACACAUUACCUGCAAGCCCACCUAGCAAUCGGACACCCGCAACAGACCAACAAAAUGGCAACUAUGCGGCCUACAAUGGGCAAAGCCACGCUGCUUGUUCAUGGAUGCAUUUUUGAGCUAUGGUAUCAGCUGGCUACUGUUCCUAUUACUGGACUUCUAUGGCGCAAGCCGAGCCUUUGUACCGGAUGAUUGAGAAUGGUCCCUGCGCCUGCUUUGAGCCCCCAGAGGUUAUCCCUUGAACCACUGCCCUAAGCCCUGGCGGAACACCAUAUCCAGGACCUCCCGUUGUUGGCCCCAAAUUGCGCCGGAACCGAGGGCACAGGUUGAAGGCUCAUGUUGUGCCUGGGGAUGGCGGAGUGGCACCCACCAGAUUCCCCUUCAUGCCGGGACUCUGAUGUUAACGUACCCAAGCAGGAGGAGGGAAUAGGCUGAGCCCAGAGGAUUCAGCAGACUUACCUGCACGCCAUCACCACCAGUCUCCUGGAGCUGAGCCCAAAGGCUUUGCAGCAUUCCAUGCAGGAAUCCAGCGGUUUCUACUCAGUUUCACUAUGUUUGUUUACUAGCUAUUACCUCUUACUAUUGAAUUAGCAAUGUACAAGAUGUUAUUUUGACUAUACAAUGCACAUCAAAAAAUAAUAAUAAUAAAAAAAAUAAUAUAUAUAUAUAUAUAAAUUAAUAUUAUUGCAAUCAUAUUUGAUCAGUUACCAGGAAUUUUUAAUUUUAUUUAGUUGAAUCACUUAAAACUGUUUGCACCAUAGUUCUAGGUUCCAUAAGCCGGUUGUGAAUGCAUUGCACACUGAUCCUACAGCACUACUGCUACUGUCAGAUCAUUUGUUCUGGGAUACAUUUAAAAUCCUAAUCAUUAAUAUAAAUUCUGCUUUCGAAUGAAAGAGUUUGAGCCACGCAGACAGAGGCCUUCUAAGGUGAAAUAAAGCUUCUCUUUGCUAGAAAAUACCUUUUUUGUAAGUAUUUGCAGGAAGUGCAAAGAAUCCAUAGGUGGGGAUUAUACCACCUGAGCGCCUUCACUGAGCAGUUUUGAGUCUGCUCUACUUUACGUGAGUAGUAUACUUUACUUUCUUUUAAUUUUAUUACAUACAGUGAGCACUAUAUAUUUUAUUUCAUUUUUUCCUCUGGGUCGUAUCACGUCAAAUUGAACGCUGAACCCACGUCAGAUAUUCAACAAUCAACAUUUACUCCAUAUAUCCUUGAAGUGGGGAUUAUUCCACUUUACGCGAGCAAUAUCAGAGCUGAUCCUAGCUCUGAAAAGUGUGAGUAAGACUGAUUUUAUACCUUUAUAUUUAUUUUAUACACCGAUUUACUGUGCCAUUGGAGUCCUGUUUUUAUUUUUCUCUCCACAUAUGCUGAAUUCUCAACAUUUGAAGAUACAAUCCCACCUACACCCUAAAGAAUAUUCCUUUACAAGUGGGACCUACCCUCACGGACUGUGAUAAGCCUAUUUUAUUGGACUAUUGUUUUAUUACUUAUUUUAUUCUGUAUUUUAUCUGACUAAUUUAGUCUUUUAUUUUAUCAAGUUUUAGGCGCAUCCUUAUAUCUAUGUUUGUUCUUGCUAUCUGUUAUCAUUAGGGGAUUAUUGGGGACUCCCCUUUGAGGAUUGCUGCCUUUCUUAUAAUUUUAUUGUGGCAAUUUAGCGCUGUUUUCCUUCUCUUUUUCCAAUAAUCCUUUCCGGUUUGUAUGUUCUUACGUUUUAUAUGUUGGAGUUUUUCUGUUUAAUGUUUUUUUUAAAUGAAAUUUAACAGAACUUGGUAAAUAGUCAGCAACCAUCACCAAUACAGUUACCAGUUUCAUCUGCAGCAGUGGUUUAUAUGGUAGGUAGUAACUGGGUCUGUUUUAGUAUAACUCAAAUACCCAUGAUGCAUCAGGAUCCAGGUAAGUUGUUGAUCUAAAACAGCUGGAAAAUCUACCUUCUGGCCAGGCCUGGUAAUCUGUGUACAAAAUGUAAAUGCAAGGUGAAGGCAAGCAGGACCCUUAUGUAAUGUAAGGAUGUAAGGGAUGAAAAGAUUACAAACCCUGGGGGGCGGAGCCAGCACACGAGCUAACCGGCCGCAUCUUCAGACCGCUCCGUGCGACACGCUAAAUUAACUCGCCCAGAGCCAUAAUCCCUGCACACACUGGGCCCCUAAACCGGUUCACAGCUUACCGACAAUAUGGGGAAGAAGAGCAAGAAGCAGAGGGAUGAUCCGGGCACGGGAUUCGGAGAUAUAGGGGCUUUUCUUCGAGCCACGUCGCAGCCUGCUGAGUCCAAGAUGGCACCCAAGAUCUAUGCCUCACAAUCCUCGGACGAGGAUAGCUACUUUGCAGAGCCUGCACUGCUGACCCGCACGCAACAACUGCCACAGAGACCCGUGGACAUGGGGAACGCUGCUCCAGCCACUUUGGCGGAUAUCAAAGCUUUGGUGAAGGACAUUCAGGCCAUGUUCCAAGCGGACAUGGCGCUGGUAAGGGCAGACGUAGCCACACUCACCAAUAAAGUGGCAAAUGUGGAGGUGGGCCUGGGGGACACUAAACUAGCGCAAAGUGCCACGGAUGCGGCGCUGAGCUUACUCCGCAAGCAAUACGCGGACCAACAAGCCCAACUGGCUGGCAUGGAGGACCGGUACAAGGCAAGAAACCUGCGGGUUCGUGGAGUGCCGAAGACACUCACCGGCUCGGAAUUGCCACACUACUUACGCCACGACAAGCUAAGUUGAUCACAAUAGACUCUUGUUUCAGACUCACCAGGGCGGCCUCCACACCACGCGAAGGAGCCGUUGACGUACUGAUUAAAUUUAUACGGGACUCUGACAGGGGCAUGAUUAUGGGGGCUACAAGAGGCUCCCCCACGGUGGCGUUUGAAGGGGCACAACUGACGUUCUAUAAAGACUUCUCAAGGCACACCAUGAUGUGGAGGAAGUCCUUUCGCCCGGUCACCCAGCUACUCCGGGAACAAGCCAUCCCCUACAAAUGGGGCCCACACCGACUACAGGCAGAAAAGGCGGGCGAAACACAUAAGCUAUCCCACGCAUCUGACAUACCAGCCUUCCUGCAGGCACUGUGCCUUCCAGCGCUAACAACACAGCAGCUGACCCGUCCAACAUGGACUGUAGCGGAGAUUACCCUGUUCGUGCCUAGAAGAGAGGCUCAGAAAACCACUGCCCUACCAAACUAAAGCAGCAGCAGAGCAGGGCCCACACGCCCUUUACCUGUUGCACCUGACAGGAGACAUACCUGAUCCGUUCCACGUUUGUUAUUUCCAAUGCUGUUGCUGUUGGUUUCUGUUUUUAUUCUCUUUUUUCUCUCCACCAUAUGCUGCUUUUUUAAACUAUGCUCUUCCCAAACCCACACAAUACUGGCUCCGUAAGCGUUCGAAUAAUACUACGCAUUAAGCCACUUUCACCCCCCCCCCCCAUUACACCCAGAGUGCGUAACACAGCUCGAAAUAUACCGCUCACUACCUGCUGCACUCUCAGGUAGCAACUUAGUCAACCACACCCAGCUACGACACACAUACCUAUCCGAGCUCACCUAACUAAGGUCCCACGCUCAACACACUCACAUUUAGAGGUGCCUUAAUUCCUACUACAAGUCAUACCCCGACACUAAGCAUGCAGGCACUUAAUGCUAUACAACGCCUUUAAUACACAAAAAAGAUGCCGACAAUUUUCGGAGAUGGUGUAUAGUGAACUGUGAUUCCCCAUCCUGUAUGACUUUUUAUUGUCUCCCUUUCUUUAUUCUGUACCCGUAAAUUUUAUGCCUCAAUAAAAGAAAAAUUAAAAAAAAAAAAAAAAAGCUUACAAACCCUAUGAAAUUAGUAUGGAUGAUCCUCAAGAUUAUUUAAAUCUAACUGGGGGGAAAACGGCAGUAUUGGCUGUUUGUAAAUCCCAUUUCGUAAAGGCGUAAUGGUUUUUUCCCCCCAGUAAAGUCUGAGCACAGUGUGCAUUGAUCCAUGCCUUCUGUGACAAGGUGUGUGAAGUCUCUUUAAAAUCCUAAACGGUAUCUUUACUCCACUCCGUAAUGAGACGUGUCAUCACUCAGCUAAACUUUGUGCACUCUGUUCGGCUGUUAAUUUGUGUAAUUACAUCCUCUCCCUAGUUUGUAUCAGCCUAAUUAAUUUGCAUCCUCCAUCAAGAUAGGGAGAAAGGUGACUGCAUAGAUAAUCCUUCGAGAUCACUAAUUGCUGCAGAACCGAGGUUGCAUUGUUAGAGAAAUGCGACUAGAGAGUCUCUUAUAAUAAAAAAGUGCUUUCUUUUAUUUUGGAAAGGGAGUCGUCAUCAUUUUCUACGAAUAUAUUCAUAUAUAUCGGUGGGUGUAAAUAGCACUGAAUUCUAUUCUGCUUAGUAUAUGUUCCACUAUCAAUGUAUUUCUAGUUAACACUCCUGUUUGUGGGGGCUUACAAAUUCCCCAAAUCAGUGAUAGGCAGGAAGAAUCAUUUCUAGAGCCUGAUUAGAGUUCCCAUUUACUUCAGUGAGCAUAGAUUGUUUCAGCUGAACCCCGCAAUGAACUCAGCCAGAGUCUGUUACAGCUGAUUGGGAAAUCUGUCCCAGUUAAGGUUGUAGUUUACUUUAUGCAAUUUGUUUUUGGUGUGUGUGUGUGUGUGUGUGUGUGUGUGUGUGUGUUGGGGGGGAGGGAUGGGAGGUUGUAGUAUAUCUGUGUGUUGGAGAGGCUCCAUGUGGAACUGUGUGCAUAUAUGUCUCUCUCACACACACACACACACACACACACCAAUGCUUAGUGCCAGAGUUUAGUGAGUUUAUCGUGUUUGGAUUUAUAAAGAAAACAGUAUAGCAAAUUAAUUUCCUAUAUCCUUAGGCACGUCAAUUAUUUAUCUGAUUUUAUGUUGGAACGGAGAGGAUGAAUUCUUCCCUAAUGGGGAAGGGGGUGUAAACUGUUUAAACUUUCUCAGAAUAAGAGCUGCAUUUCUUCUAACCGAUUCUAUGCUUUAUGUACUUAUUAAUAAAUGAGUCAGAUCUAUUCGAAAUGAAGUCACUUUCCAUGAUGCUGAUUCUAGAAUUCCUUUAUAUAAACAUUUCUGUGUCUAGACGUUCUCUGAUAUACAGUGGAUGUAGAGAUGACAUUUAAAAUCCUUUUGUCAGUCUGUAGAUAUUUGUUGUACGUUUUGUUAUUUUUUUAUAUGAAGAGUGUAAUAAGCUAUUGUUCAAUCCCCAUUUUUCUCUAAUGGUUUCUAAAAACAAAUGUGCACGUUCAGGACGUGUUCUAUCGUCGGUCCAUACAUCCUACAUUGUCUUGGGAACGGUCUAUUCUCCUAUGGGUGCUCCAAGCCGGUGGUGUGUGCAUGGUAGACGGUGUGUUGGCAGCCUUCCUCUUUUGCUUUGUAUCAAGGAAACAGAAGGUGCAAAAAAUAUAUAUAUAUUUUUUUAAAUUUUCUUCAUAAAAAUGGAAAUUCAAUUAUCACUUCUAAAGGAGGAAGCAUUAACUUUUUUUCAAAGCCGUUAAGAUAUAUUUUUAAUGAAAAACUCAUUUCAAACUGCUGUUUCUGCAGCUGCCAAACAUGUAAUUGAUAUAAUCGUUGUCUAUUUCGGGACGUAGUGUUUAGUUAAAGUUCCUAGUUGUGUGAGUCAAACCUUGCUGACUGUACAAAUUGUUAUCAUUUAUGUUCCGUCUUCAUGUAGAGAUUUGUCUGUAUUGUCAUGUUUAAAUAUAUCUUCCCCUCUCCCACCUGCACCUUAAAGUGAUUGUUUAUGUAAUUCAUUUACUUUCUUUAUUUGUGUCCUCUUGGUUAUUGGUGCUUUUUAUGUUGAAUCUUUUGUAGUUAUAGUUUACAUUAUUUAAUUUAUCAAUAUAUACAACAUACGGUUAGAAUGGCAUUUGGAUAACAGAGCAUUGUCGGUGAGAAUAUAUAGAUAUGUGUGUGUGUGUGUAUAUUUAUGUGUGUGUGUGUGUGUAUAUAUAUAUAUAACCAAGAGGGCUGAAAUCGCCUGAACAUGCAUACAUUAUAGGGUGCUGCUGGGGUCAAUAUAUACAACAUACAAAAUACAGAAUCCAGCGCAGUCGCUUAUUCACUAAACAAUGAUUUAAAAUCUCACAGAUUGUAAUAGUUUUAUUUAAAAACACCUCACCUAGGCAAAAAAUAAUGGGGGUUUAGCUACAUUAUAUGAUCAAAUAUUGCAUAAGCCUGGCCAGGGGGUCUUGUCCUUAUAUGGCUAGAGUUAUACUCUGACGUCAGCAUGGGCACAUCUAUAUAGUAACCGAACAAAGGGACAUGGCUCUUUUUCCUGUUCAGCUAUGUAACGAUAACUAUCCCUUCAGGAGUCCAGCAAUUACCAUCUGCUGUUUAACAUCCUUUGUUAUUUUAUUAUGUAUCAGUAACUCUAAGUGUAAACCUGAAGAAACCGUAACUCAGAUUGUGUAUUAGUACUUUUCAGUAAUAGAGACAUAUAUUAAUGUGGAGACCCAAGACAUAAAUAUAAAAUAAUUAUUCCAAUCAACCGGAAAAAGACACAGAUGAAACCAAGAUAUUACACAGAAUAACUUAUUAUAUCUUUUAAUCUUUCAAUCUAGCUGGUAGAAUUUUCCUGAGCAGUUUUGUAAAUUGCUGUUCUUUGUGUGUCGAUGAAACAUAUAGGCCUGCAGAUCGUCUUUUUGGAAAACAAUUAACCAAGAGGCAGCUUCUACUUACAUCUAACACAUUGCUCUACAGCGGUGUUUACACUACAAUCAGCCCGUGCUGGCUGGCUAGGAAUCUUAAGAGUUGUUGUUUGGAUACAGACUGAAGACUGCUUGUUUAGAAGCACUAUCCAAAAGUCUGUUUACUCACACACCCUGACCUCACAGCAGCAAAAAACAUUGUGUGCAAGGUAUGUGGGUCAACAGAGGUGCAAGAUUUGCAGAAAUGUUUAUUGUACAUGUAACAUGGCAUGAACAAAUACAAACAAUGGUUAGAAUUACAGCAUAAUGUCUUGGAUAUAAUGUAUGUUAGACAGUUUACCAGAUCACUUGGGACAAUUAACCAUGGCUUUUAAUAAUUUCAACUGCUCACUGUUCGUGGUUUUAUGACUGAUGGGAGAUACAGUCAAACAGCAUUAAAGGAUCACUAUAGGCUCAGGAACCCAAACAUGUAUUCCUGACUCUAUAGUGUUAAAACCACCAUCUAGCCCCCCUGGGCCCCUCGUGCCUCCAUAAAUAUAGCAAAAUCUUACUGAAUUCAAGCCUGAAGCUGUAACUCUGCAUGCUGUUUGCCUCAAAAAACAAGCAGUCUGCUGACAUAAUCAGAAGUGGUAGCCUGAUCCAAUCACAGUGCUUCCCCAUAGGAUUGGCUGAGACUGACAAGGAGGCAGAUCAGGGGCAGAGCCAGCAUGAUUCAAACACAGCCCUGGCCAAUCAGCAUCUCCUCAUAGAGAUGACUUGAAUCAAUGUAUCUCUAUGAGGAAAGUUCAGUGUCUGCAUGCAGAGGGAGUUGAUACUGAAUGUUUGGAUGCAUUUUAGGCAGCCAUGACCCAAGAAGGAUCUCUAACAGCCAUCUGAGGAGUGGCCAGUGAAGUUAUCACUAGGCUGUAAUGUAAACACUGCAUUUUCUCUGAAAAGACAGUGUUUACAGCAAAAAGCCUGAAGGUAAUGAAUCUACUCACCAGAACAAAUUCAAUAAGCUGUAGUUGUUCUGGUGAUUAUAGCGUCCCUUUAAUGGGGACCAAAGCUGGUGUCACACAAACUUAACAAUGUAAACAUUGGAACACCGCCAUUAUCUCUGUGUCCGCCUGUCUAUUUAUUAUAUCAGUAUGUCAUGUUAGUUUAACAGAGAAUGGAAGCAGAAUCUUUAAGCUUGGACUUUCCAAUGACUUUCCAGGAGUACAAGUGUGCUUUGUAUGACUCGUUACAGUUACAUGAAAAUAUUCAUACAAAGGCUUUUAAACAGUCUUUUGUUCUGGGAGAUUGUUCUGGCAUGUUCUCUUCUUCACAGAUGAGCUAUUUCCAAAGCUGCAUGAAUGGUGGGUGGCUACUUACAACAUUCAAAUUACUAUGGGAGAGACUCUCUCCUCAUUUUUAAGAAUUGAAUUCAUUAUCUGUAUGGUUCCAUCAAAAUUCUUACUAUAACAACUUAAAUCAUUAAAUAUAAUACGACUUUAUUAAUUUAAAAAAAAAAAAAUCUCAAUAUCAAACAGAAACCAAAAUAGACAAAGUCACAGAAAUAAAGGCAAACAAUAAUACAAUAGUACUAUACCAAAAAAUCUUCCAAGGCCCAAGGCGGAAACACAAGUCACCAAAUCCCCCGUUUCGGCACCAACUGGUUGCCUUUAUCAACAAGGUUUUCUAUUUGUUUUAAAUUUGUUACUUUAUGUUGCAGCUUUGUAUCAGCACAUGCAGACGAUGAAAAUGAUAUAGAGAUAGAUACGUACCCACAAUGCACUGCACAUUAUUACUGUGGGUGUAAUAGACCUUAGACCUUUCCCACCGAUGGCUGGGCUGUCAUAUUGGUAAAUUAAAAUUCCAUGUAAGAAGAUAGUCUUGGAGAGAAAUUAUACGUAGACGCUGUAUUGCUAUCUACAUAUUCUAUUAAAUCUAUUGGCUGAUCUGCAUCCAUUUUGGCUUUAACAAUAACUUAAAGUUAUUGUUUUACUCCUUCAUGUCCUUAUGAUGAAGUCAUUCAUUGUGGUUGACUCAUCCAGGAGCCAAGUGAUUGAUAUAAGCUUUGGUAUGGAGUGUUUGUGACUUUUUGGGGAGUUUUCAUAAUUGAUAUUUUACUGAGAUUUAUUGUAAGAGAGAACAUUGAGACAAAGCAGGGGCCGUAACAAACAGAAACCGCUAAUCGAGAAACAAACAGCUCAGGUGAUCUCCAAAUGAAAGGGAGAGAAGUGAUAGUUCAGGGGUAGAAAUAAAAAUGACUGGGGGUACGGGAGGCACAGAGUACGGAGGAUAACAAACAUGAAGGAGGGAGUAGAAGAAAAAAGAAAGAUAGAAAAAAGGAAAAAUAACUUACUUUCUGAAAAUCAUAUUUUCAGUGAGAUAAAAGAAAAGUAAUAAUUGUUUUUUCUCUUUACAUUUUCCAGGCAGAAUUUCCUCAAAUCACAGAGUUUUCAAGCUUGUCACCAAUUCCUGGUUUUACCAAAUGGUUGGUGGGAGUUCUGAGCUCCCAGAGUAAGGAAUCUGGUAAGAAUGAGCUUUUUUUGGAGUCAGAAAGCAAAGAGAUUUCGGACAUUCUCGGAGGGCCGCUGUCAGAGUCCCUAAAACGCCUCUUCACUAGCAGUGAGUGGAUGAGAUCGGAAAGAUUGGUCAACGCCCUGGAGGCACCAUUAAUGAGACUAUGUUCUUGGUACCUGUACGGAGAAAAGCACCGUGGUUUCGCCUUGAACCCAGUAGCGAACUUUCAUCUGCAGAACGGCGCCGUAAUGUGGCGUCUGAACUGGGCGGCAGACACAAGUCCACGUGGAGGAACGUCCUCUUGCGGCAUGAUGGUCAAUUAUCGUUAUUUCUUGGAAAACACAAGUGCCAAUAGUGUUCGGUACUUAAGAACAAAACACAUUGAGGCUUCUGAUCAAGUGCUGAAUUUGGUAUCUCAGUUCAAAAGGAACAGCAAAUUGUAACUAGGCCUAGCUCACUGUACAAAUGAGAGAAAUCAAAAUAAUUUUAUAUAUGUUGUCUAUAUAGUGGUAUGUGUGCAAGAUACAAGUAUUCUUUGGGUGCCUCCAACAGUGCAUGCAUUUAGAAUUUCUGGCACUGACUGAGCCGUCUGUCUUAACAGAGUGACACUAAAUAUCUCUCCUGUUGUGAUGGUACUUGAUGACUAUAAAUGAGAAGAUUUGAGGAAUGACAAAUCCUCCUCCGGAAGGAUGCCAUGUUAUGUAAUGAUAAUGCAGGUAAUGAAGAAAAAGUGCUAUGUUCUCAGAUCUGUAGCACCAUCAGAGGGUUUGCUUUGUUGUAACAUGUAUUGUCCACAUUGUAAAAAUCCAGGGGUGUCUGCAGCCCUGUGGGACUGGGUGUUAGACAGCAGAAGGAAGCUUGGGCCACGAAUCAGAUGACUUCCCUUUGGCACAUUGCUUACACCACAUAUUCUGCCAAUACCUCAGUGGAAUAAAAUGUAUAAUAGUGACACUUGAUUCUGCCUUGUGCCUUCAUUAUGUCUAACUAUAGAUUCUUGGUUUACUUUGUUAGAAUUCUGUAACUCUGACAGCUUUGCUUUAAUGUCUGUCUCUUCUAAAAUGUGUAAAUAACACCGACCCCCAUCUCUAUUGCUUUACUGUCAGACUAAUGAACAUAAACUACUAUUUGUUGUGAUCUCUUUAAACACAUUUUAAUCACUACCUCUGCCUUCCAUAGUCUAUGGAACUGGCCACACGCAACGUAUGUAAAUAGCAUUAUUUUAUUUUUGUAUAAUUUACAUUUUAAAGGUUAUCUUGCUUGGCUACAGUCCAAUGAGAAUUUACCUAUAUCCAUACGUCCAUCUCUGGAGAACCUCCCUUCUCAAGUCUAAAGCAUUUAACUAAUUUCAUCUGAAUGUGUGUAUAUAAUAUAAUCUCAAUACACUUUAAAAUCUGAUUUAAACUUCAUUGUAAUCCAGCAAGCUGUAUAAAACACACACUUUGUAUUUAAUUACUACUUCCUUUAAGCACAGAAUUUUCAGUUCAAUAUUGUCAUGUUUUGGCUAGCGUUAGUGACUAUAAACAAACACACAAUUUCAAAUAACCACACAGCCUGGUGUUGCAUUUCAGGGAACCGUCUAAGUGCCAACACACCUUUAAAGCCUGAAAUUAAUCGUUCUCUCGUCAGAUGUGUGUAAACCAUCACUUUGAAACCUGCCACAAUAAAUAUCGCACGGUAGUUCACAUCAACUCGUACAGAUCAGCUUCUAGUGUGGGGUUUGUGCGAAAUUUCUUUUUUUUGUUGUUAUUUAAAAAAUGACUUCUCACUUUUUAGUUUAGUUUGGCGAAAAAGCCAGUAGACAUUUCAUCCUUUUUAUUUUUGUUUUUAUUGCCGACACUGUGUAUAUUUGAUGUUCAAAUGAUCGGAAUAUGAAGAGUUGAUGGUGAAAGCACGCUUGCUAGUCAGUCAGCUCUAAACAUAAAGAGACUGAUAUUCUCUGCUUUGUAUUACAGCAGAAUCAAUAUGGCGCCUUCCGAGCAUAUGAUCAAACGUACACCAGUUCUUUGUGAUAUAUCCACAAACACCAAUCAGUAGAUAAACUUCUCCAGGAUGAAAGGAAGCCGAUAAAUUAUUGUUUCUGCCUCCUGCAUUACAAUCAAAGACCGGCUAAAACGUUUGUGUUGUUCUAUACAAGUUUGAUGUAUCCCUUUUGUCUUCACUAUGGAAUUGUUGAUACUGCAAGAUUCAUCCUGUAUGCACAUAGUUACUUGUAUCAAGAGAAUGUUUUUUUGUCAUACAGAGCAAGUUUGUCGGGGUCAGAGAGUGCCAGCAGUUAUAUUUGUGCAUUUAAUGUUUUUAAUAGUUUUAGAGAUUUCAGACUUGUAGAUAUGUUUUCAUUUAUCUCUGUUUUCAGCCAUCUUUCGCUGUGUUCUUAUCGUUUCGUUUCUUUGUAACGACGUACAUCCGGGGUAUGUGUCAAUAAAACCCCUGGUCUAAUGCAUGUGAUUUAUACACAAUGUACGGAAUCCUCUUCGCUUAUCAAAUGUACACGGUUUUCUUUAUAAAUCAAAUAAAUUAACUGUUCAGAUUUAAA